AGGUUAGACAGAGGCAGCCGAUACAGCGCGUGGAGGGAACCAAACCUCAUCAGACAAAAGACUAUAUCGCACGCACCAUUUUACGCCAUGUCUCUGUUGUAACGCACAGUAGGGUAUAGUACAGUUACAGCCUGUAGCCAAACCCCAGCGCUUAGGGAAGCGUGUAGCCUAGGCCUAUACUGUGACUGGACAUGAAUUCGGCAGAGCAGACGGUGACAUGGCUGAUAACGCUUGGUGUACUGGAGUCGCCGAAGAAGACCAUUUCGGACCCCGAGGGCUUCCUGCAGAGCUCACUGAAGGAUGGGGUAGUCUUAUGCAGGCUGCUGGAGCGCCUCAGCCCGGGCUCCACGGAUAAAAUAUACCACGAACCGAAGAACGACGGGGAGUGCUUGAGUAACAUAAAGGAGUUUCUCAAGGGCUGCUUAUCAUUUCGCAUCGAGACAUUUGAGGCCAGUGACCUGCUCCUGGGACUAAACUUUUCCAAAGUUCUGAGCACUUUAGUGGCCUUGAAUAAAGUAACAGCAGAUAUUGGAGUUGGCAGUGACUCGGUCUGCGCUCGUUACUCCUCAGCUCACCGCAUUAAAUCAUUUGAGUCGCUUUCCUCUCAAGCUUCACUGGGCCGGUCCUCUAAGCUCAUUCAAAACCAGUUUCGUAGUCUGGACAUGUCAGAAAACAGUGGACAACAACUGCUGGUCAAGGCACGGUUUAACUUCCAGCAAACAAAUGAGGAUGAGCUCACCUUUAAUAAGGGUGACAUCAUCAAUGUGACUCGCCAGGAGGAGGGUGGCUGGUGGGAGGGGACCCUGAAUGGAAAGACUGGCUGGUUUCCCAGCAACUAUGUACGGGAGGUCAAAGGCUCUGACAAACAAGUGUCCCCCAAGUCGGGCACACUCAAGAGCCCACCCAAAGGCUUUGACACUUCAACUAUCAGCAAAACAUACUACAACCUGGUGUUGCAAAACAUUUUAGAAACAGAAACUGAAUAUUCCAAGGAACUUCAGACUCUCCUCACAAACUACUUGCGACCACUGCAAAGCACGGACAAGUUGAGCUGCUCAGAUGUGGCUUUAAUUCUUGGUAACCUUGAGGAGAUUUGCACAUUCCAGCAGAUGCUUGUGCAGUCACUGGAGGAGAGUACAAAACUUCCUGAAAGCCAACAGAGGGUUGGUGCCUUUUUCCUAAACCUCAUGCCACAGAUGAAAGCGCUUUAUGUGGCCUACUGCUCCAACCACCCCUCAGCUGUCAAUGUACUCACCCAACACAGUGAAUAUUUGGGUGAAUUUAUGGAGGGUCAUGGAGCGGUGAACCCUGGCACACUCACACUCACCACUGGCCUCAGCAAACCUUUUAUGAGAUUGGACAAAUAUCCUACUUUACUCAAAGAGCUGGAAAGGCACAUGGAGGAAGGGCAUCCUGACAGGACGGACAUACAAAAGGCCAUGGUGGCUUUCAAAAAUCUAUCUAGCCAUUGUCAGGAGGUGAGGAAGAGAAAAGAACUGGAGUUGCAGAUCCUGACAGAGACCAUCCGACUGUGGGAGGGAGAUGACAUCAAGACUCUGGGCUCCGUGCUCUACAUGAGUCAAGUCCUGGUUCAGGCAGGAUCUGAGGAGAAGAGUGAACGGUACCUCAUGCUUUUCCCCCAUGUGCUUCUCCUGUUGUCGGCCAGCCCCAGGAUGAGUGGGUUCAUAUUUCAGGGGAAAUUGCCUCUUGCAGGCAUGAUCGUAAGUAAAUUGGAAGACUGUGAAGCCUAUAAAAAUGCAUUUGAGCUCAAUGGUACACUGUUUGACCGUCUACUAGUGGUGUGCUUGAACCAGCAGGAUCUUCAAGACUGGAUCGAGCACCUCACUAGACAAAUCAAACACAAUGCAGCUACAGCGCCCAGUCACAAACCACUCACAGUGCCCUGUCAUACGCUCCCAUCUCACCCUCUCACUCCAUCUCGGCAUGCUGAGGGGAGGGCCAUGACAGUGGCUCCCACCUACCACACGCUUCCGCACCCCUCGUCUCAUGGGUCAACCCACAGCACUAUGAUGUGGGGUCCACUCGAGCCCCCCAACACUCCAAAACCCUGGAGCCUGAGCUGCCUGAGGCCUGCCCCACCGCUACGGCCCUCCGCAGCUCUCUGUUACAAAGAGGAUUUAAGUAAAAGCCCCAAGAGUGUGAAGAAGCUCCUUCCAAAACGUAAACCUGAGAGGAAACAGUCUGAAGAGGAGUUUUCUUUGAGGAAAAGCACUGCUGCUUUGGAAGAAGAUGCCCAGAUCUUGAAAGUUAUUGAGGCAUACUGCACCAGUGCUAAAACAAGACAGACUCUCAAUUCCAACGUGGACCGGUCCUGUGUGGACUCUCCGGGCCGCCGUAGCAGCGUGUCACGGCCAGAGCUGUCCUCUGACCUUUCUGAGGACUCGGACUAUGACUCCAUCUGGACCACUCACAGUUACAGGAUGGGAUCAGUGCCCCGACAUCAGAAGAAUCCAGGGCUACACAUGAUCAUCCCCGCUGAGGACAAGGUGCUAAUAGAAGGUCCCAGUCGCAAUGGACAAAGUCGACUGGAGGAGAAGAGUUUGGUAGAUAUCGUCUAUGCCUUAAGGGAUGAAGUUCAAGAACUGAAACAGGAUACCAAGAAGAUGAAACGGUCUCUGGAGGAAGAACAGAAAGCUCGAAAGGACAUUGAGAAAGUUGUAAGGAGGGUCUUAAAAAGCAUGAAUGACCCAACAUGGGAUGAAACCAACUUAUGAAACUCCGAUUUGCCUAAAAUAUGCACUUAAUGUGUGUGAAAGGUGGUCAUUUUUAUAAACUUUAGCAUUAUGAAAAAAGACUGACUUGAUGGCUACAAGGCUGAAUCUAGGUUAUUUAUUUAAAAAUCCUUAAACAUUAAGUUGCAUUGAUGGUAACAUUUGUCAUUUCUUGAUGUUUACAAUAUGUUCUCCAGUGGUACAUGAGCACUGUAUUCGUGGUUUAUUUAAAUAGGCCUAUAACAAAAUCAGUGGAAGAAUGAACUUAAGUACUGUAUGUGAGCAGUGUACGCCAUGGGAAUUGUACAGAUCCUGUCACUGUGUUGGCUAAUGGUCUUUGUAAAUACUGAUGAAAUACAAACUUUUAAAAUAAAAUUUCAUAAGCUAUCCAUGCA